GCAGCAAAUAUCUAUUCGAUUUGCCCAUCCAUAUAUGCGGUUCUCUCCUUUUCAACAAUGCAAAUAUGGAGCAUGCGAUGCUUGUCUAGCUACUACAACGCGUCUGAUAUUAUCACAAUACAUUGUCAUGUCUGUUGUUGCGUGAAGUUCGUGGAUCGAUUCAAAAUAUGAGCUGUACGUUUUCGUAUUAUAUGACAUUCAUAUUAUAUGCCUCGUUAUGCGUGGGGUGUAUUCAGUGCAUGUUGGAAUCAUUCGUUUUCGAAAUGUACAGUUCCAUGAAGCGCGCUAAUGCUAUUGCAGCGCUUUUUGAUACUCAAUAAAUAUGCAAUUUAUUAGGCGACUUAAUCAUCUCGUUAGGGAUGAGCAAGGCAUACAAGUGAAGGAGGAGCAACAGUAACAUAGGAACACAGAAAUCACUGAUGAAAAGAAUUAUGGAGUAGUGAAAAUCGAGAAGCGAGUGAAAGAUCGGCUUAUAGUAGUAUGAAGUCAAGGAACAUUCGGGUUAUCUACCUCAUAAUAUUAUGCACCACAACCUUUACCACCAUAUGGCUACAAAGUGUAUCACUAUCACCAGGUACAGAUUCAAAUGCUGAAUUUGCAGCACCAUUCGAAAUGAAACGCGAGAGUGGAGUUGUUGAUGUAGAAGCUACCGAAUUACAGCCGGAACGAACCCCUUUAAAUGUGGCGAGAAACAGGAAGAGAUUAGGUGCUUUAGAACUGAAGGAGCAGAAAGGUGAUUUAAAACCUUGUAUUCGUCCCUCCCUGAUUCCAGAUCACAUGGAACCUGCCCGAAAGGCUCAAACAACCACCGAUAUUGUUAACACCGAGGUUCUAGGUGCCAUGACGCAGGAAGUAAACCGUGCAACCAAACUUGCCAAUCGAACCCUGUCGAGCAUCAUCGCGAAGAGACGGAACGCGAACAAGGGGAUAGCGAGCCCCAUCGACCACAUGAUGGCGGAGCUGGACCUCGCCGUCGACGUCGGUGACUACCAGCUGCUUCCGGGCGGUCACUGGGUCCCCCUGAAAUGUCGACCUUUGUGGAAGGUAGCAGUCGUCGUGCCAUUUCGAAAUCGAGCGCAGCAUUUACCCAUAUUCCUCCGGCAUACUAUUCGUCGAAUGAAGAAGCAACAAUUGGAAUUUUCCAUCUUUGUCGCAGAACAGAAUAAUGACUUACUUUUCAACAAAGCCAUGAUGAUGAACAUUGGGUUCGUGGAGGCCCAGGAGUUCAAUGACUUCGACUGCGUGAUCUUCCAUGAUGUCGACCACCUCGCUCUGAAUGUCAGGAACUACUACGGAUGUGACAACAUGCCGAGACAUUUCGAAACCGGUGAACCGAAAUAUGAUUGGACGGUUAUGUACGACGAACUCUUCGGCGGGGCAGUUGGCGUGACAACCACGCAGUUCUACCAAAUUAAUGGAUUUUCCAACGUUUACUGGGGUUGGGGCGGUGAAGACGAUGAUUUCUACCACCGAGUUGUUGCUAGCGGAUUCGUCCCCUCCCGACCGGAAGGGCCAAUCGGUUUCUUCGAUGCGUUAGACCAUCCUGAGGAGGGCAUCAGGAAUAUAAACUUUGCAAAGUUCUGUCUUCGUUCUUAUUUCGCCGAACGGAUGGCAACUGACGGUCUAUCGAAUCUGAAGUACGAUCAACCGACGAUCGAGCUCCAUCCUCUUUAUACCAACAUUGCAGUCGAUAUCCGGAAGUUGCCGUGGAAUCCCAAAUGGACGAGGUGCGGUCUCUCCACGAUGUUAGUAAUCGUGGUAACAACGGCGGUGAUGGUGAUAUCGAUAGCACUGAUCGCAAGGACGAUUUACAGGUAUCAGAGAGAGCGGCAUCGCAAAAGAAACUUGUAUUUGAAAGUCAUGUCUGACCAGAAUGGAACAUACAAACCGCUAAACAAGGGAUGGGACGUGAAGGUGGCGGUGUGAACACGUGAUUCAUUACCACGCGUUUCAGUGGAUGCGACACAGCGUAGAGAUAACAAUUUCCUGUUAAGACCGAUGAGGGCGUGACGAAAAAUACUGAAAGAUGGAGCUAUAGGAAACAGCCAACAUUGCAACUUGAAUACCUCUCCGUGUCUUUCUGAUAAGUACAGAGCUUUGAAGUGCCAUCGACUUGACAACAUGGCGAGAUAAUUUAUAUUUCCAUGUCGACAUGUCGGGACCCGUUAUCUUACAAGAUAACAUAAUUAUCCCGCCAUGUAAACAUGUAACU